AUGUCGGUCCCCCAACCUUCCGCUGCCGCGGCCGCCUCGGCGGCGGGCGGUGGCGGUGGCGCGUCUGCUAGCUACAGCUCAGUGGCGGGCCCCGGCGGCGGCGCCGGCGCCUGCGGCGCCGCGCUCGUGGGCAGCGGCGGUGCGGGCAUCAGCGUCGCCGUGUUCCAGGUCGUGUUUGACCAGCAGCCGAUGCUGCUGUUUGUUGAGGUGCUGCCGCGCUUCCCCGAGGAGCAGCCAGCACUUACGCUGCAGAGCAUCAGGCGCGCGCACACACAUUAG